UUUGUCUGAUUUAGGGUCGUUUUUUAUCAUUACUCAGACCUCUGCGUAUAUUCGUUGAAAUCAAUUUUUAAAAAUCGAUUUUUUUGGGAAGCUAUCUCUGUUUUGAAUAUGAGAUUUUUUCUGUACGCUUUUAUGUUGAUUUCGACAAUUGGGAGAAUUGGCAUUUGUGUCAGUCAAGAGCAAAUGGAAAUGACUACAUCUAAAUUUCAUUUUUCUACUGAAGACGUUAAAAGUCGUCACAUUACUAGGUUGAACAACAUUUUAAUGCUCUUACUGGAAAAAAUUCAAAGCAUUCAGGCUUCGAAAGACAUAGUAAAUCCAGAAGUCAUCAUAAAAGCUGAAAAUAUCACGUGGAUGAUUAAAGAAUUGGGAGGAAAAGUUACCGCGAAGAACAUUAACCUUUUGGAUAAAGUUAUUGCUUCUCAAGAAGAAGGUUACACCAGAUUUAAGCGAGAUCUUUAGCACUGGCUAUAGUUAUGCUUUAUUUCUUGUUCAUUUGGCUCGGUUUCCAAAUUUUUUCCAGUCUGAUGUAAUUGUUUUAGGAUUUAACACUACGUUAAAUCUCUGUAUUAAAUAAAAGUCUUAACUCU